AUGAAAUUCACCACUGCACUUGCGGCUUUGUCGUUGCUGGCUCCUGUCUUUGCAUUAGCCAAGGAAAAGAAGUUGGACUCAGUCAGAUUACAGGCCGACAUCAAGACAGAUAAUCUCAUGUCAAAUCUCGAAGCUCUCAAUGAUAUCUCCUUCGAUAACGGUGGCAACAGAGCAUUCGGCUCCCCCGGCUACGAUGCAUCUGUCGCGUACAUAUACAGGCGCGCCUCUGAAGUGAAGGACGCCAAAGUCUGGAAACAAUACCUUUCUGUGAAAUCCAUUUCUGUCGACUCUAUUGCUCUCAAAGUUGAUGAUAAGCACAUCCGCAUAUAUGGCCUGACAUACUCGCCAUCUACAAGUGCACAGGGUAUCACGGCCGAGAUCGUGCUAGGACCUGAAGGCGCUGCAGGUUGCGACGCGUCUUCCUAUCGCGGCCUUGACGUAAAGGACAAAAUCGUGCUCGUACAGCGCUCCCGAUGUCCCAACGGCGAUACUCUGGUUGGAAGAGUUAUGCCUGCUGCAGCGGCGGGUGCCGCUGCCGUAAUUAUUUAUCACGAUCUCUCGACGGAUGUGACUACUGGCUCGCUUGGUGCGUCUGACACAAAGAAGUACGUUCCUGCGGGACUGAUUAACAGUCGUGAUGGAUUGAAGCUCAAGGAGAGGAUCAAGGCGGGCCAAAAGGUUGAGGCCCAUUUUCAGCAAACGCAGAACAUUAAGAACAGGGUCACGCAAAACGUUAUCGCUGAAACUUCGGGUGGUGAUCCUCGCAAUGUCAUCAUGGUCGGCGCUCAUCUUGACAGUGUCCAAGCUGGUCCUGGUAUCAACGAUAAUGGCUCCGGAUCCUCCCUCAUUCUAGAACUUUUUAUCGCUUUAUCAAACUACGAAACGAAAAGUAAGAUUCGCUUCGCUUGGUGGGGCGCUGAAGAGAAAGGUCUUCUCGGCAGCAACUUCUACACGUCCAACCUGGCCAUCACGGACGUUAACGAUCUCCUCGUGUAUCUCAACUUCGACAUGGUCGCCAAAGGCUACUUCGGCGUCGCUGACACAGAUGGUAGUUCUUACGGAUCCAAGGCCCCCAAGGGCUCUGAAGUGACCGAAAAGAUCUUUGUGGAAUAUUUUACGAGUAAAGGGAUAGCGGUCACGCCUGUCGCGUUGACAAAUGGAAGUGAUUAUGCUUCCUUUUGGCAGAAUUUGAACAAGCCUUUUGGAUUUUUACAUACUGGCACGGCCGUUGAGCAGGAUCCUUGCUAUCAUCAGGUUUGUGACACUAUCAACAACAUCGACCCCAGGACACUUACUAUUAAUGCUAAAGUGAGUUCACUUAUCCAACGUAACAUCAUGCACGGUUCUGAGCAUCGCCAGGCUGCCGCACACAUGCUUGCCAUUCUCGAUGAGUGGGGUAGCAAGUUAAUCCCUAAGACCCAGGCGACCACCACAUCCGUCCAUAGCCUCCAGCAGCGACAUGUUGGACAUAAUCUCGGGUAG